CCCGAGAGCCCGUCUUGGGAAGCUUCCGGGGCUCGGACGCGUCCGCUUCAUGACGACCAGGGACUCGCACCCGGACGUGUACGUCGCCACCGCGCACCGCAUGUUCUUCGCAAAUUUCGUGGGCGGCGAGGGCGGGGAACCCACCCGCGACCCCUUCGGGUGCGCCGACAACGACGGGCACAACACCGACAGCGUGGACGGGCUCAUCAACGUGGGUGUCGUCAGCCUCAACCAGCUUCUGGUGGAGGCGGCCGAGGUCCAGCGCGGCUCGAGCCAGGGCCAGCGCGGCUCGAGCCAUGCCGCCGCGGAGGACGCGGCCCUCGUGGGCCCCCUGCUCCACGACUGCGUGAACGUGGUGCGUAGGUCGAGCGUGCUGCCCGAGGUGGGCCUUCAGUACCAUCGGCUGCUGCGGAAGCUGGUGCUGGACGGGACGCCGCUGCGCCCGGCCAUCGAGGAGCUCGUCGACGAGUUCUCGGGCGCCCUGCCCCUGACCCGCCAGAAGCUGGAGUCGUUCGCGGCCAGCCGGGGGGACCACGGCGCCAGCGACCCCAUGUCGGCGUGCUACGUGGGGAGCAACUGGCCCGUCACGCUGCUCCUGGCCUACAAGUAUCCAGUCAGCCUGGAGGAGGCGCUGCUGGCGGGCGCCAACGCUGGGGGCGAGAACACGAACCGCAACGCCCUCCUGGGGACCAUCCUCGGCGCGGCCCUCGGAGGCUCCCCGGAGGGCUGGCGGGAGGUGGAGAAGUGGCGAGAGGGCCUGCGGGCGGUGGACGAGCUGGAGGGCGAGAUCGAUACCUUCGUCGAGGAGGUGCUCCACAGCCAGUCCAGGGGCCACGCCCGACGGCGGAGGCAGCGGUGAACUGUAGGGACGGCGGCGCCGCAGCGAGAGGGCCUGGCCUGCGGGCGACGGGGACGAGCUGCAGGGCGCGACCGGCACCUCUCGCCGAGGAGGUGCUCGAUCGCAGUCCAGCUGCCCGGGCCCGGCGGCGGAGGCAGCGGUGGGCUGUCAGUGCUGGGCGGGGCGGAGGGGGGUGGCGCCGUGGCGAGAGGGCCUGGCGCCGGCGGGCGGCGGGCGGCGGGCGUCGUCCCUCUUCGUCUCUCCUGUCUGCACGGCGCCGUGGCCUGGCGCGCGCUCGCCGCCCUGGCAGCGCGGAGGCGGCCGGGAGCAGCGCGUGCGCGCCGCCUCGGCGUGGCGGCGGCGACGCAGGCGCGGGCGCGCUCGAGAGGCCGGGCGUGCCCCUGGGCGGCCUG